CGAGGGUUUUUAGGGGUCGCACCGCUCGUCCUCGCCUUCCAAAUCCCAACUCUGUCUCAUCCCCACUCCAAAUCGGAACAAAAGAGGCGUAGCGAGAGGGGGGAGAAAGAGAGAGAUCCAAGUCGAAGGAAAAAAAGGGAAAAGGGAGAUAACUAAGGAACAAUGGCGCCAGCCGAAUCAUCCCGUGAGGAGAACGUGUACAUGGCCAAGCUGGCCGAGCAAGCCGAGCGGUACGAGGAGAUGGUGGAGUUCAUGGAGAAGGUGGUGAAGGCAGUUGAUGCAGAGGAGCUGACCGUGGAGGAGCGCAACCUCCUCUCUGUGGCCUACAAGAAUGUGAUUGGGGCCCGCCGUGCCUCAUGGCGCAUUAUCUCCUCCAUCGAGCAGAAGGAGGAGAGCCGUGGCAACGAGGAUCAUGUCAGCAUGAUCAAAGAAUACCGAGGUAAGAUUGAGGCUGAGCUCAGCAAGAUCUGUGAUGGUAUCCUUAAGCUGCUCGACUCCCACCUCGUGCCUUCUGCCACUGCCCCAGAGUCCAAGGUGUUCUAUCUCAAGAUGAAGGGUGAUUACCACAGGUACCUUGCGGAGUUCAAGACUGGUGCCGAGAGGAAAGAAGCAGCUGAGAGCACUCUUUUGGCAUACAAGUCUGCUCAGGAUAUUGCGCUGGCUGAAUUGGCUCCAACUCACCCGAUAAGGCUUGGGCUUGCACUUAACUUCUCAGUAUUCUAUUAUGAGAUACUGAACUCCCCUGAUCGUGCAUGCAAUCUUGCUAAACAGGCGUUCGACGAGGCUAUCUCCGAGCUCGACACCUUGGGCGAAGAAUCGUACAAAGACAGCACACUGAUCAUGCAGCUUCUUCGGGACAACUUAACUCUGUGGACUUCUGACAUCAGGGAUGAUGGUGGAGACGAAAUUAAGGAAGCUCCUAAGAAGGAAGGGGAGGACCAGUAAUGUGCCCAAUCAAAUCACGGAUUGUUACGAUGCCAAUAUCUACCCAUUAAUUUGUGGUUCAUUUUUUUAUCAUAGAUGUAAUGGGGAUGUAUUUGCAAUUGAUGUUGCGUUUCAGCUUGAAAUUUGCUAUUGUUCCUUUUAAUGCGACAUAUUUGUGCUUAUUAAGUGUAAGAUUGGAUUUAAGUAGUGAUUGCUCUAUGGUUUAGUCAAAGAGUUGUCUGUUGGCAUAUAAAUAGACAGUUGAAUAAUCUAUCUUGAUCAUUGUUACAGUUCCUGCAGUGACUUCUUAGA